AUGACUCUCGAUGUUUCUAUUGCCAAGGCGUCUGUUUUGACUGAAAGUGCUAUCCGGGCUUUCUUGUUUUGGAGGGAAGAAUUUCUGCGCAAUAGAUGGCUUAUUGGUCAGUUUGUGGUGCUUGCAAUCUCCUUUAUUGAUCUACUCGUGUCGAUUUCCACUGGAUGUUUUGAGCUUUACCGUAUUCGGCGUUUCUUUCGGCCAUAUUUCUUGAUUUCUGGAAGUCAGAUGCUAAAGAAGACGAUCAAGUGCCUGUGGAACACACUACCUGAACUGCUGGGGUUUUUGCUCCUCUUGAUGCUCUGGAUACUCAGUGCCACGGUAGUCGCAAUGUGUCUCUUUUCUGGACCUCUUCGUCAGAAAUCCUAUCAUUAUUCGGCAACGAGCCACUUUUACAAACCUGAUCGAGCUGGUUUGCAUUGGCUUUAUGAAACAUUUUACAAUCUUAUCGUUCUCCUCACCACAGCCAAUCAUCCAGAUGUCAUUCUCCCAAACUACAGCGAGAAUCGUGCGGCUGCUUUCUUUGACAUCGGCUUUCUCGCCGUGGGGACGUAUAUUUUUAUGAACAUCUUCACAGCCAUCAUGUACAACCAAUUUCGAGGCUAUCUUCUUUCUUCCGUCCACAAACGCAUUUUCAGGCGACGUGUUGCCAUCCGCGCUGCAUUCGAGGUUCUCAAAUCGCGAGAUCCCAUCCCCGUUGUUGAGGCGAGCAAAUUGUUGCAGCUUUUGGAGGGAACUUCUUUGCCUGAUUGGAAGAAGUCUGCAAUUACCACCAAACUGAUGGCACAAUACGAAGGAGGCCCUGUUGACCUGAAGGAGUUCAUGGACAUAUUUCGGCUUCUGGAUUUGUCCUCAUCGUACAGAAUAGUACGUUUUAUCCGUUGCGAAAAUUUGCCGCUGAAACCGUUUCAAAGAUUUCGACAGAUUAUGGCUUACGAGGCGUUACAGCUUGUGGCUUUUGAGAACGCAGACGAACCCAAUUUUACCUUUUUGAUGAUCAACACGUGCUUCGCAGCACUCUAUAUAGUUGAAAACGGCUUCCGCCUUUGGGUGCACGGCUGGCGUAACUCACUCCUCAUGCCUCUGACUCUGUUUGAUGUAUGCGUCUCCGUCGCUAAUCUGGCACUGCGACUCUACGAAAUUGGACUUAUCGCUUAUGGAACAGGACGCGUUGGACCAGAGAAAUGGUCACCCUAUGACUUUGGACAGUUGGCCAACCUUCUUGUGAUUCUGCGCACCUUGCGCUUUAUGCAGAUCUCCAACCUGAUGACCAGCGUGCUUUUCCAGAUGCCACAUCACCUGGCCCCGGUGCUGGGUGUUCUCAUCUCCUUCUACUAUGUCUACGCCCUCCUCGGAUUCACCCUUUUUCACGGAACUGUUGAGCGUCCUGCCAAUGGAUCCGCUGCGUCGAACGAGACUUAUGCAUGUGGAACCUAUCAGCAGCUCAACUACUGGUCCAUCAACUUUGACGACUUUGCUGCCAGCAUAUUCACGCUCUGGAGUUUAAUGGUCCUGAACAACUGGCAUGUCAUUGUCCAAGCUUUUACUGAUAAAAUUGGCAGAUGGGUUCACGUCUACAUGCUGAGCUGGUGGCUCAUUGCAUCUGUUAUUCUCCUCACCCUCAUUACCGCCAUGAUAAUUGAGGAGGACGAAGGUGGUACGAAAGCCUUUUACUCGGGGAAACAAGUCUCACAAUUGACACUUCAAUGUGCAUCCAAACGUAGUGACAGUAUGCGGGCAUGUACGGUGCAUUGUGUAUUUUUUUGCCCAUUUUAUUUCAUGAUAGUGUUGUCCCUCUCCACAUGGUUCUUUAGCUACUUAUCCCUCCUACAAUGCAUUUUGCAGAGUUUCCUCUUCGCGCGACAGCUGCACACCCAUCAAGCAGACUUGUUGCAAUGCCCCGAGCGUCGCCGAAUCUACGCCUGUCGCUCCACUACUGCGGGCAGGUCUCAGUGCCACGCCGUCGGCGACGAUCGCAGGCGUUUGAUCGAUGACAGUGGAGCGGAGGAGCUAUCACCUGCAUUUGAACUCUCCGUAAGCCAUGACGGCUCCUCUCGUAGGCGAACCUCGGCAACGGCAGCAACAGCGGGAUCGGAAGGUGCCUCAACGACCUCGCCUUCCGCUACCGUGGUACUCAAUUUUACGCAAAUGUUUGGUGGUGGUUUUGAAGAACCCACCAACGAGGAGUUGGUGCGCCAUCUCCAAUGUCAUGCAGAACUUAGUGGUUUGGUCUCUUCCUGA